AGAGAGAGAGAGAGAGAGAGAGAGAGAGAGAUGCUGUCGUCUUUACUGAUCUCCUAAGACUUUAGUGUCUUUAGUGUCUUUUGUUCAGAGGUCUUCCACAGUCAUGUUGAGAGCCAGUGAAGCGGGCUCGUUGGCCGUGCUGGCCUCCACUCUUCUUUUGGGAUGCGCAGUGGCGCACUCCCUCGGACAGAAUGACACCGAACCUGUUGUUCUGGAAGGAAAGUGUUUAGUUGUGUGUGACUCGAACCCGUCCGCCGAUGGUGGGGUGACCUCGUCGUUUGGGAUAUCCGUCAGAGCUGCCGGUGCCAAAGUGGCUUUCUCUGCUGUCAGAGGAACUAACCAUGAACCGUCCGAAAUGAGUAAUAAGUCAAUGACAAUCUACUUUGAUCAGGUGUUAGUGAACAUUGGAAAUCAUUUCGAUCUCAAGGCGAGUGUCUUUCAAGCUCCGCGGCGAGGCAUUUACAGCUUCAGUUUUCAUGUGGUGAAGGUCUACAACCGACAGACCAUUCAGGUCAAUUUGAUGCACAAUGAAUACCCGAUAAUAUCUGCGUUUGCCGGUGAUCAGGAUGUCACGCGGGAGGCUGCGAGUAACGGGGUCCUGCUUCACCUGGAGCGCGAGGACAGACUCUAUCUCAAACUAGAGAGAGGAAACCUCAUGGGCGGCUGGAAAUACUCCACUUUCUCUGGCUUCCUUGUUUUCCCUCUAUCAAAUAUAGGCACUUUACAUGGACCAGAUUGAGGACUGAGGGACUUGUCUGUUCUUUUGAAAAUAAAUGUAGCAGAGAGAACUGGGAUUUCUUCCAUUGUCAAGAUCAGAAGAUAUGUAACGAGUUGUAUGUGUGUGUGCUCAUUAUAUUCUAAAGCAAGUAACAGUUUUGGCCAAAUUACCAAUUGGUGUCAUCAUGAUGCUUCAGAAAGGACUCAUUUCAAAAUCUUGCUGUAUGUGACUGGACUUUUUUGCAUUCGGGAGAAUAUAUUUUGCACGAAAUGUGGUCUGUUA